AUGAUUCUUUCCAAGUGGUUAGCCACGCUCCUGGGUGGCACUCUGGCGGCCCAGGGUGCGCUGGCGAUUGAUUUAACUGUCACUGAUGAAGCCUCUCUCAAAAGCGCCGCCAAAACCGUCGCCACGACAAUGAUGGACUACUACAAUGGUCGAGCCACCGCCAACAUCCCCGGUAAAAUGGACGGAACGUGGUGGGAAGGUGGUUCCAUGUUCAUGACCCUGAUCCUGUACUGGUGGGUGACCGGCGACACACAAUUCAAUGCCGCCGUGCAGGAGGGCAUGUACUUCCAGAAGGGCGACGACGAUUUCUUCCCCUCCAACUACAGUCAGUACCUCGGAAACGACGACCAAGUCUUCUGGGGCCUCGCCGCCAUCACCGCCGCGGAAUUCAACUACCCCGAGAAAGACGGCGAGCCCUCGUGGGUCUCGCUGGCACAGGGCGUGUUCAACACCCAAUACCCCCGCUGGGACACCAGCAGCUGUCAUGGUGGUAUGCGCUGGCAGAUCUGGCCCUACCAGAACGGCUAUCUGACCAAGAAUGCCAUCUCCAACGGCGGAUUGUUCCAGCUCUCCGCCCGGCUCGCCCUCUACACCGGAAACAAAACCUAUGCCGAGUGGGCCGAGCGCAUCUGGGAUUGGAGUGCCACCACCCCCCUCCUCAAGCAGAAGAACUGGAACAUUGCCGAUUCCACCACCUGCGGGACCCAGUGUACCGAUCAUGGUGAUUUCCAGUGGACCUACAACUAUGCCACCUACAUCAGCGGUGCUGCGUACAUGCACAACUACACCAAUGGUACCGAGACGAAGUGGAAGGAGGGCGUCGAGGGGCUGUACAAGACCUCCCAGCAGUUCUUCCCGACCAGCGGCGGCAAUCUCAUCCUCUCGGACAUUACCUGCGAGCCCCUCGGCAAUUGCGAUCGAAACCAAAUCACGUUCAAGUCUUACUUCUCCAACUGGAUCGGCGUCAUGACCACCAUCGUUCCGGGCACCUACGACAUGGUCUUCCCCCAGCUGAAGGCCUCCGCCGAAGCCGCAGCCAAGCAAUGCUCGGGCGGCGACGACGGGGUGAAGUGUGGCAUUCGCUGGACCAAGCAAGCCGAGUGGGACAAAAGUUCCGGUCUCGAGCAGCAGAUGGCCGUGCUGGGUGUGCUGUCGGCCAAUCUGGUGCCCUUCAAGAAUAAGGCCCCCUUCACCGCUGACUCCGGCGGCACUUCCAAGAGUAACCCGAACGCCGGCACUAAUUCCUCGGCAAAUAAGGUCCCUGUCCUCAAUACCAUUGGCACGGGCGACAAAGCGGGUGCCGGUGUCUUGACCUUCAUCUUCGUGACCGGCUGGGCCGUGGCCGUGACUUGGAUGAUCCGCGGUGGUUAA